AGUCGCGCGUCUGCUGGACUGUAACUGGAUAUUCCUCCUGCCAGGGUGAGACAAUGGAAGUUGGAAAAACACCGAUUUCUAGUUUAUAAACUCAGAACGGAGUCGGGAUUUGAUUUGUUUUAAUUGAGGGAUUAAAAACAGAGCACUGAUUCGUGAGUUUUUACCGGAGUUGCGUGCGUAAUUUUUGUCGGUUUCGGGUUACAAUCCACUCCAGGAAUUUUCAGAAUUUUUGCUUAAUUUUUUUUUUUUUGCAAAAAUCUGGACUCCAGGAUGCCCCAGACGACGCCAUUCGCAGCCCAGUUUCCUCAGAACCCCUACGGAGGAGGUCCUACUCGCUACAAACCUGCAGAGGAGAGCUACGGAGGGCUGAGAUAUCACGACAACAGCCUGGUAUCAGGAUCGCUUGAGGCUCUCAUACAGCACCUCGUCCCCACUGUGGAUUAUUCACCGGAUAGGUCGUACAUCUUCACCUUCCUGCUGAGCUCACGUCUCUUCCUGCAUCCCUACGAUCUCAUGUCCAGGGUGUGUUACCUUUGUGUGGAGCAUCACCGAGUCGGCGACCCUCAGAUCGAUAAGAAGCGAAUCCGUGACAUCGCACCCAAGAUCGUGCAGCUUCUCACCGAGUGGACGGAGACGUUUCCGUACGACUUCCGGGACGAGCGAAUGAUGCGCAGCCUGAAGGAGAUGACGCAUCGGCUGGCUUUCGGGGACGAGCUGUCUCGGAGAGCGAUGCAGCGUCUGAUCCAGCGGCUCCUGCGCAAACUCACCAUCCUGGGACAGUACGAGGAGUCUCUGGUGACAUCCGGCUCGGCGGUCGCCGCGGUUACGGCGUCCUCGUCUACGGCGGCGGAGAAACCGUCUGCUCUGAAGGCGAAGCAGCACAUCCGGAGGGAGGAGUGUAUCCUGAACGUGUGCGACGAUCCGUUCAUCCUCGCUCAGCAGCUCACACACAUCGAGAUGGAGAGACUCGGGUACAUCGGACCUGAGGAGUUCGUCCAGGCGUUCAUUCAGAAAAGACCUGCUGAUAAUCACAAAGGUUUUUUUAGUAAACGGAGAGUCGGUAACCUGGAGGCGUACGUCGAGUGGUUUAAUCGUCUCAGCUACCUGGUUGCCACAGAAAUUUGCUUGCCGGUGAAGAAGAAGCACAGAGCUCGAGUCUUAGAGUUUUUCAUCGACGUGGCUCGGGAAUGCUUCAACAUUGGCAACUUUAACUCCUUAAUGGCGAUCAUCACUGGGAUGAACAUGAGUCCCGUCUCCAGGCUGAAGAAAACCUGGGGCAAAGUCAACACGGAUAAGUUUGAGAUACUGGAGCAUCAAAUGGAUCCAUCUAAUAACUUCUAUAGCUACAGAACUGCACUGCGAGGAGCCACUCAGAGAUCAGCUACGGCUCACACCACCAGAGAAAAGAUCGUUAUUCCUUUCUUCAGCUUGUUCAUUAAGGACAUCUACUUCCUGAACGAGGGCUGCUCCAGCCGCCUCCCGAACGGACACAUCAACUUUGAGAAAUUCUGGGAGCUGGCCAGGCAAGUGAGCGAGUUCUUAGCGUGGAGGCAGGUGAUCUGUCCGUUCGAGAGAGACAGAAAAACUCUGCAGUACCUCAUCAGUGUUCCCGUCUUCACAGACGACGAGCUGCAGUUGGCUUCGUAUGAGAGCGAAGGACCAGAGAACAACCUGGAGAGAGAUACACGCCGCUCCCUCAGGUCGUCCCUCAGCAGGAUGUAGACGUCCGUGAGAGCGUCGUGAAAAAUAUCAGGAAAUUCAGUCCUGACUGAAAAGGAAAUGAAGUGAAACACUGCACAAUGCGUUUUGUUUAUAUGAACCCUCUAUAUAUCGAAGAAUGAGACUGGUUUCUCAUCACAGCAUCAUCUCCGUUUUUAAGAACCAUAUUCAUCUCAUCUGAUCUCGUCUGAUCUCGUGUACCUCAUGUAAAGCAGUCUUUGUAAGCUUAAUGUUGGAAUCUUGUUGAAUGAAAGUCGCUGGCUGACUCCUCUAUUCUUUGUUACGCCGUGUAAACUGUACAAAUGGUUUUUUCUGUAUUGUGUGUUUUUGUAUGGAUUUGGUGGCCUCAUGUAUAUAAAUUACAAAGAAAGUCUUAAUGUAUAA